CAGAAUAUAUCGCAAGUUAUAUCAAGCAUGCAAGAAGCAGAAGAAAAUGAAGACAUUAUUGUAUCUGACGGAGAAGUGUCUCGAAGCUUUCAACCGAGAUCCGAUAGUAACGAACGAGAGGAGAAGACUGGCUUUAUAGACAGUGAACCCCGUAAAUCGUCUGAUAGGAAAACUUCCUACAUGUCCAGAUUAAAAACAGACUCCGCCUAUAAAGAAAACGUUAUUGUUAGUCUGGUUUUAUGCUGGACCUUUGUCACCUUGGGGUGGGCGUCUGCACAAUUUGGACCAGCUUUCCUCGACCUUCAACUUAUUACAAGGACAAAUGUGAAGAAAGCGUGCGGUAAUAGUUAUUGAUUCUAAUCUUAUCUCACAGGUGGAAACGCUCUUCUCAUGUACACUUGGGGGCGAGAAGGGAACUCCUUCAUGCAGGCUUUACACUUCUCCUUCGCCAUUGGUGGUAUCGUGUCUCCGUUGGCGACUUCACCUUUCCUCCUGGACACACCUGAGGAUUCAAAUUACACAUUUACCACUGAUGACACGCACAUCUCUCCGUAUAGUGACUACAAUAUCAACGUGUCUUACUAUACAAACACUACUAUUAUCAAUUCUAGUAUUUUUGAUAAUGCUUCUUUUUCACUCACCAACGACCUAGAUAAAUCCAGAUUGUAUAUAGCGUACUGCAUAACUGCAGCAAUGAACAUAUCUUGUACGAUACCGUUGUUUAUUAUGUAUUUAAGAUCACUUAAACAACAAAGACUUAAUUCAAAAAAGAAAACAGCCGUUAAUCGGAUAACGAGGGAGCAUACUUUUGGAUUUAAAAUUCUAAUUCUCGUUUGUCUGUGUCAGUUUAUGGCAGUGUACUGUGCCAUGGAGGAAACAUUCACUGCAUAUUUUGCAUCGUUCUGCGUAACACAGUUGGCCUGGUCAAAGGUCCAAGGAUCCUACGCCACAUCGCUGUACUGGGCUGUCUUCGGGCUCGCCCGCUUCUCGGGAAUUUGGGUGGUAAAAUAUGUUUCCCCCACAAAAAUAAUUUGUGUGUUAACCAUUGUUCUGUGUGUUGAUUUAGGAGUGUUGUAUGUUUCUUCAAGUUUCUCGAUUGAUGGAGGUAUCUGGGCAUGCGCAGUUUUCACGGGAGCAUCAAUGUCCCUAAUCUAUCCAUCCCUGAUCUUGUUGACAGAAGACAAACUACUUCCGGUUUCGGGCAAAAUAAUGUCCCUCUUUAUUAUGGCAUCGUCAGGUGGUACUAUAGCUAACCCAAUCAUUUUAGGAUACUUAAUGGAAACCUUCACACCUAUGUGGUUCACAUACCUGUUGUUUGGGGAGAGCGUAGUGUUGAUUAUUCUAUUCCUCGUCCUAGUACUGAUAGCGAGGCUGUCGGAAUCUAGAUUUAAUGUCAGUAAAUCGCGUGGCAUUGUCAAAGAGGAAACAGCGAACGAACAUGUUUAAGGAAAUGAGAGGUUACCGGGGUAAAAACACUUGUGAAUGAAUACAGAUUUGUGCACGGUAGACCUUUAAGUGCCUUUUACACCCUUAGAUCAGAGAGAUGGUCAGUUAUCGUGCCCUCCGUAUGUUCUAAUCUCUUUUAUUGUAUAUUGAUGCCAAGUUUGGCCAAAAUUGGACUUGUUUGGUUUUUGUAAGUUGAGGGAUGCUGUGUCACCUGUCCCAUAUUUGUGACUUCACAGUACACUGAGUUCGUCUGUUUCACUAAUUAAAAGUGUCCACGUGUUAAACAUGUAUGUACAAAUAUUAACAAUCCGAUUUUAAUAAUUGAUCUAUCAGCUUAUAGAAGUAAACAAUGCUCUCUUUCUGCACGUUCUCUUAAUAAAGUAAACGUUAUAAAUUUCGCCAUUUCCAAUCGGCUUUAAUAUCCUUCAGAAUCAACCAAUUUUCAUUUCCCGCAUAGUGUUAAAUGUAGAACUUUGGAUAAGGACGUGUAGCGUUAAUCACUUUGGUACAAUUUUCAUGAGAAUUACACAACAAAAUAUAGACCGAAGUUCAGUG